GGUUCCUACAAGGAUGGAAAUCGAGAAGCACUGCGACGGCGGGACGGCCAAUAGCUUUCUCACAUCCUCCAAACGCAGCCAAAAGCACCAGUUCCUAUCUCUCUCAUUAUCCACAUUGCAAGCCAUCCAUUAUCAAAACACAAAAAGGCAAGGAGCAACCUCCGAUCCAUCCUGUUGCUACAACGUAGUAUCAAGCCAAGUCAUCAUCGCUUAGGUAGCUGGAGUUAGUUGAAAGGGGCACCGACAAGUCAAUCUGCCCAAUCUGCUUCUUCUGCCUUUCUUUGGUGAUUUCCGUUCUAUACUUCUAUCUACCCUUCUACCACAUUCUACCCAUUAACCUGUAUACCUUCUAUACAGUACCGUACUUUUACACCAUUAUCUUCCACAUCUACCCUUGCUACCCCUGCUACCCUUGAUUAUCUGUCCAUUAUCUCCCCAUAUACCCUUUCAAGAUGUCCUCUGCUACCCCUGCUACCCCCACUCGCACAGUCUCCUCCAAGGCUUCCUCCUCCUCCAAGAUGAUGGCUGCUACUACUGCUGCCUCUGUCUCUCCCGGUCGUUUGACCCUUCACCAAGCCACCCGAAAGCAGAUCGAAACGAGUUAUCGCGCUCCUUCGUCUGCUUCGGGUCGAUCUCCCGUGGCUCUUUCAGGGCUUUUGGGUCUUUCUGCCUGCAAUUCGGGAUUUCUCUCGAAUCUCUUGGCGGAAGUGGCCAAGGCCAAGCAAGAGAUUCUCCAAGCCAAAAACAAGCGAGCCUCUGCUGCUGUUGCUAGUGUCUCUCCUUCGGUCAAGAGACGACGCAUCUCUCUCGAGAAUACCAGUGGUGCAGCUGCUGCUUCUGUCAAACAGACCAACAAGCCAUUGACCAAGAAGAACGUUCUUCAAGAACCCUGCAACAUUCUCGAUCUCUUGUGGGACGAAUCCUGGUUGGCGCCUCCCGAUUUUGCGGCCCUUUUGCCUCGUCCUGCCCUUCUUCCAAGACCCAACAUUCCUGCUACCGUCAGUUUCGCCAAUUUGGAAGACGAACAAGAGAAGGAGGUUUCUACGUCCACCAAGAAAAUGGCUUCUGCUAAGGGCCAAGAAGACGACGUCGAAGACCAAUUCGGUUGGUUUGUUGACAUGGACGAUGAUGAAGCUCCUUUCUCUCUAUCGAACAACUGCGAUGACCCUCAUCGCUGCUAUCAAAGCCAAGCCAGCCCUUAUACCUCCGCCGAGUCGCUUGCUUUCUCCGCCCCCAUUGCCCCCAAGGCUUCCAAUCAAGACGCCCAAGUCGAAUGGGCCAUGGCAGCCGAUACUGUCGACGAUGUCUUGGGUGGACUCUUCUAAAACACCCUUCCUUGCACAAUCUCCAUUGUGCUGCGCGCGCCACUUUCAUCAUGAUCCAUACAAAUACAUUUAUUUUGGCUCCAGCCAACUAUCUAUUACGCACAAACUAACUCUAAGGAAUGGACAGCACACAAGGGCUCGAUUGAUCGAGCCCUUGUUUGGUACCAUUCCACCCCCGCAAUUUACUUUAAAUUACGAAUCGCUAUGCU